GCUCUAAUUUGAUGGUAUAGAGCCCAGGCCCUAUGAAAACCGCACCCUAUAGAAAAUCCCUGACUAUAAAUUCUAGGGCUGUGAUUCAAGAUUAUUUGUACGCUUAAAUUGAAUGGCACUGUAAAUUCUAGGUUCCUUUUUGAACUUCUAUUGAUGGCACUGUAAAUUCCAGGAUGUUUGGGUCUAUUGAAUAAUGCUUUUCCUGGUAUGUUUUAAAAGUCUUUACCAGUCAAGCGGCAUGAGGUGGAAGAACAUGGCUUUCUUUGAUUCUUAGUCAGCAAUGGUGUUAUUUUUAGGGUCUAGAAGUGGAAUCCCUAAUUAUUAGGUUAUGAAUCAGAUUCUCUGGUGGAGACGGAUAGAAUUUGCAGGUUGGGGACCAUGAAGGCCAUGGAGAGCUUGCAAGAUCUGAUCGAGGAGGCCAAGGUCCGGACUGUUCUAUGGGGCAUCUGUGUGUUCGGGCUUGCGAAUUUCUUGUCGAUGACAAGCAAAUCGAUUUGGAUGAACAUCCCCAUCGCCUUUCUCAUGUUUUCUGGUCUCCGCAUGCUCUUCUAUGAGGUUGAAUUUCGAUGGAAGGAACGCCGACCAGUUCGUCAGGCAUCCUAUUUGUCGCAUUUGCGAAACCGGCAAGUAUCUGUUGAUGAUCCUCGUCUCUGUUCUCCCCCAAUCACAACAAGUUGGAAGAGGAAACUUGAAUCUCCUGUUGUUGAGGCUGCAAUCGAUGAUUUUAUUUCCAAAAUUAUUCAAGACUUCAUGGUGGACCUUUGGUAUUCAGAAAUCACCCCUGACAAGGAGGUCCCUGAACUGACUCGAGCACUAAUUAAUGAUGUAAUUGGUGAAGUAGCACAAAGGGUUAAAGGAAUUAAUCUUGUGGACUUGUUAACAAGGGAUGUGGUUGAUUUGGUAGGGAACCACUUAGACCUUUACAGAAAAAAUCAAUCAGCCAUUGGUGAAAAAGUAAUGGGGAGCCUAUCAUUUGAAGAGAGGGAUGAAAGGUUGUUACGUCAUCUGAUCGCUUCCAAGGAGCUUCACCCAGCUUUGCUUUCUCCCGAGUGUGAGUACAAGGUUCUCCACCGGCUUAUGGCAGGAGUUUUGGCUAUUGUUUUAAGACCACAAGAAGCUUGGUGCCCUCUAGCACGAAGCAUCAGCCGUGAAUUUUUAACCUGCAUAGUUAUGCAGCCUGUGAUGAAUUUUGCAAGCCCCGGGUAUAUCAAUGAGUUAAUUGAAUAUCUCGUCCUCUCCUCCAAGGAAUAUCAAAGCACAGAGAUAAGCAGCGAUCAUGCCGAUACUUCAAAUCACAUGAGCAGUCAUGGUGGUACAAGUGGGGUUUUGGCAAAAGUUGAGCCUGACAGAAGCCAGACUGGCACGUCCCCUUCUGAAAGAAAGGAUUUGAUCCCAGCUAAAAGUAGUGAUGCAAUGUCAUUGAAUACAUUUAACACUGGAAAUCCACCAUCACUGCAUCAGUUGCAACCACGUCCUGCAGAUUGGGCUAGAAUAUUGGAUGCUGCACAGCAAAGAAGAACUCAAGUCCUUGCUCCUGAAAAUCUUGAAAACCUUUGGGCUAGAGGAAGAAACUAUAAGAACAAAAGUAUGAUCCCUGAUAAAACAGGGUUGUCAUCAGAACCUAUUGGUUUGAGGCCUCCUGCAAAGACUACAGGAGGUGCUGAAUCAAGGGAGCAUGAUCAUAAAGGAGGAAAAGACGUUGCGAUCAAAUCAAUUAAGCGCUCAAGAGUGGCCGAUGAAAGUACAACAGGAUUGCAUGCAACAACCUCUAUUGCUGAAGGAAGUGGGAUGGAUAUCGUAAAGGUGUCUAAAGAACUAAGCAAGGAGCCCAAUGUCAAAGGUGUUCAAGCUUCUAUUGAAGAAAAUACUAGUCGGAAUACUGGAAACAACAAAAGGCCACUUAAACGAUCAGGAAGCAGCACUUCUGCUCUGUAUGAUAUGGGUAAAGCAUUAGCCACUGGAGGUGCUGAAGAUCCAACUUUUAACAUUCAACAAAUGGGGCCCGUUCUGAGGAGUGCUUCAGAGAUGGUAGUGCCAAGUGAUGGAUCUCCUCAUGCCCCCAAACUGAAGUGUCGAGUUGUUGGAGCUUAUUUUGAGAAAAGUGGUUCUAAAUCGUUUGCGGUUUAUUCAAUUGCUGUGACAAAUGUGGAAAAUAAGACUUGGUUUGUAAAAAGAAGAUAUAGAAACUUCGAGAGAUUGCACCGACACCUGAAGGAUAUACCAAACUACUCAUUGCAUUUGCCCCCUAAAAGAUUUCUUUCAUCAAGUAUUGAUGAUUAUUUUGUUCACCAGCGAUGCAUUCUGCUUGACAAAUAUUUGCAAGAUCUGUUAUCCAUAUCCAAUGUUGCGGAACAACAUGAAGUGUGGGAUUUUUUGAGUGUAUCCUCAAAGAACUAUUCUUUUGGAAAGACGCCUUCAGUGAUGAAAACAUUGGCAGUUAAUGUGGAUGAUGCCAUGGAUGAUAUUUUUCGCCAGUUAAAAGAUGUUUCACGUAAAGUUGUUGGAUCAUCAUCAUCUCCUCAUGAAACAUGUUCAAUAUUAACAGAUCGCUAUAUGAGCUUGCCAUGGAAUGAAGAUGAGAUACAAAAGCAUAGCUCAAGCUAUGGUCGCAUUGAAGGUUCUCGCAGUCCCUCUGAAGAUGAGGGUCAUGUCAAAGACACAGGAAAUGGCGACGUGAAUUCUCCUGCACAGCUUAAUGGAUGGCAUUCAGACAAUGAAUUAAACUCAAAGAAUUUACCACCUAGGGUAAUAAAACGUUCUGAAGACUCACAAAGUUUGGGUUCUGAGUCAAGUCGCCGUUCAGAAGUGAAGCUUGACACGCUUGGUUCUGAUGGAAUCACAUGUUCGAAUUCUCUGUUGGAUGAUCCAAUUGGAGUGCCACCUGAGUGGACCCCACCCAAUGUUAGCGUGCCAUUGUUGAAUUUAGUCGAUAAGAUGUUUCAGCUUAACCGAAGAGGUUGGCUAAGAAGGCAAGUCUUUUGGAUCUCGAAGCAAAUUUUGCAAUUGAUGAUGGAGGAUGCGAUCGAUGACUGGUUGCUGAGGCAAAUCCAUUGGCUUCGGAGAGAUGAGGUUAUUGCAUUUGGAAUUAGAUGGGUUCAAGAUGUUCUCUGGCCCCAAGGUACAUUCUUUAUGAAGGUGGGUGGCAAGCAGCUGAAAUCUGGAAAUUCAGACUUCAGUGAAACAACAUUAAAGGGCACAAGAAGGGAUUCCGUGCCAAAAGAUUCUGUGCCUGCCUCCUUUGAGCAACAACUUGAAGCAGCUCGCAGAGCUAGUGAUGUCAAAAAGAUGAUUUUUGGAGGUGCCCCAUCCACCUUGGUAAGCUUGAUUGGGCGCAAGCAAUAUAGGCGUUGUGCAAGAGAUAUUUAUUUUUUCCUUCAGUCUACCAUUUGUGUAAAGCAGCUUGGUUAUGGCAUCUUGGAACUUUUGCUUGUCUCCAUUUUCCCAGAGUUGCAUGAUGUCAUUGUAGAUAUACAUGAGAAGCAGCAUUUUUGACAAGCCCAUAUAAGAUUUUUUGCUUCUAUGUUCAGUUGGGAUUUGGAUGCAUACGCGAUCUUUUUAGUUUUUACAGUCCAUUUCAUGAAGCUCGUUCUUCUUGGCAGAAGAAGCAUAGGGUAAGACUGAAAUGAGCAUCCCAUCUCUCUCUCUCUAUGCAUCAUGGAGUUGUUGGCCAAUGAUGCUGUCAACUAGAAAGGGAAUGGCAAUCUCAUCUCUUGAUUUUAUUGUAUAGUGUUUGGACAUAUAAUACGACUGGGGCCCUAAAAGGGUGCUGUAGUCUCAUUUGAGCUUAAUUUGUACAGUAACUUGCAUUUAUUUGAGAAAGAAAAAUUUAAAUUCCUUGUGUUAAUUGCAUUGUUCAGAUUGAGGUCUUCGAUGUAUAGACCGAUACCGUUUUAAUGAAAGAGUGUUGGAGUGAGUGCAUUUUUGCUUUUGA